AUGAGGUGCAUAGCCCACAUUUUAAACUUGGUGGUCCAGGAUGGGUUAAGGUUUGCAGAUAGUUCUGUUAAGAAGGUGAGGGAUUCUGUUAGAUGGAUGAGGAACUCACCUGCAAGACUCAAAAAAUUCAGAGAUCUUGCAGAACUGCUUGGGGUGGAAGCCAAAAGUUCUUUACAACUAGAUGUUCCAACAAGAUGGAACAGCACCUACAUGAUGCUUAGCACUGCCAUACAAUACAAGGCUGUGUUUGAUGCAUAUUCAUUGAAUGAGCCCUCAUUUGUUGCUGAUCUGGGUGAUUCUGUCCCUUCUUUUCUUGACUGGACUUCUGUUGAAUGCUUGGUAGUUCUGUUGAAAGGGUUUUAUGAGAUGACAAUUAGAAUCUCUGGUUCUCUAUAUGUCACCUCUAACAGUUUCUUCAGUGAGAUAUCUGAUUUGAGUUGCAUGUUGAGUAGCAUGAUUGUUGCUGGUAGUGCUACAGAGGUUAUGGGAUCCCAAAUGAAAAAUAAAUUUGAAAAGUAUUGGGGAGAUCCUGAAAAAAUGAAUUCCUUGAUCUUCUUUGCAAAUAUCUUGGACCCAAGAGAUAAGUUGGAAUAUAUGCCAUACCAGUUUGAGGAACUGUAUGGUAAAGAGAAUGGGAAGAAGUGUUUAGAGAAUGUCCAAGCUGCCAUGGUAGAAUUGUUUGGUGACUAUGCAGCAACCUACUCUGUCAAUGUGCAACAAUCAUCUUCUGAUUCAUCUUCUGGUAGCCAACCAGAUGUGCCUCCUGUCCAGUCUCAUGCCACAAUUGGUAGACCUCAAAAUAUGUUAAAGAACAAACUAAAAAGGCAAAAAUUGGAGGCUAGUGGAAGCUAUAAAGAAACAGAACUUCAGGUUUAUUUAAGUGAAAAAAUUGUGGAGGACACUCCUGACUUUGAUAUCCUUAGGUGGUGGAAGCUAAAUAGUGAGAGGUUUCCUACUCUCUCCAAAAUGGCAAGGGAUAUCCUAGCAGUUCCUAUUUCCACUGUUGCCUCAGAAAGUACAUUUAGUACUAGUGGGAGGGUUUUAGAUGCAUUUAGGAGUUCUUUAACUCCUAAAAUUGUGGAGGCCUUAGUAUGUGCACAAGACUGGAUGAGGUUACCAAAUCAACCAGUUAAGGUUGAGGAAAAUAUUGAUGAUGUUGAAAAGCUUGAACAAGAUUUGGCUACUGGAGUAAGUCGAUUUGGUACCACAGGAUCUGGUGCUGCUGUCUUUACUGAUUUGGCUAUGAUGAUGCUUCCACCAUUGUCUGAAAUGGUUUUGGGAUGGAAGAUCAAGAAAGCUGAACUGCUGAAGGCUGAAUAG